AUGGAGUUAGUGGUGGGGUUAUUGGGCAAGAAGGUUUUGUGGGAGAAAGGUUGUGAAGCAGCAAAUGUGAUGAUGGAGUUUGACAGGGCGGACUCUGGAUAUGCUUUAGAGAAGAUUUUUCAGUUAUUUUGGAGUGGAAUGAUCAGAAUCAAAGGCAUUGGUAGUAAUGAUUACUUGAGCCCGUUGACUAAUAAUUCCAGUAUAUUUAAGUUGUAUGCACCACAAGAUUAUGUAGCAAUUGUGGUUGGCAACAUUACAUCGGUGGUUCAGAAAAUUCACAGGGAAGGUGGAAGAAAAUUCGGGAUUUUAAAUUUGGGUCCCUUAGGUUGUUUGCCAAGGCUUAGAGCAGCCAAUGUGGCCGCUGGAGGAAAUGGAGAGUGCGUGGAACAGGUCACAGCUUUGGCUAAAUUACACAACGUAUUGCUUUCCCAAAAACUCCAGUUGCUACAAAAAGGGCUCAAAGAUUUUAAGUACUCGUAUUUUGACGUCUUCACAGCUUCCAUCGCGACAAUUCAAAAUCCUUCCAAAUUCGGUUUUAAGGAAGUGAAGAGUGCUUGCUGUGGUAGCGGCCCAUUCCGAGGAUAUUUUAGCUGCGGAGGAAAGAGAGGAAUGAAAAAAUACGAGCUAUGUGAUAAUCCCAAAGAUUAUUUAUUUUUCGACGCUAUUCAUCGAACUGAAGCGGCGAACUUGCAGUCUGCGGAGGCGAUGUGGGGAGGGCCUCCCAACAUUACGGGGCCUUACAAUCUCCAGUCGCUGUUUCUGCUUUAA